AUGAUCAACAGCCAGCGUUUGCUGCUGGCCCUUUUCCUCGGCACGGCCUCUUCUGCCCUCGCUCAGUCACAUACGGCCGGUUCUUUUGAGGAUGGCGGCGACACUCAGGUUAGCGCGAUGAUGAUGUUCUUGGGUAACGAGGAGAAAGUCUACAUCCUCGACAAGUCAGAAAACAACGCGGCGAAGUUCGGCAACUUCCCCGCGAUGGGUUCCGUUUACGACAUCGCCGCCCGCACAUCCGAGACCAUGGGCGUCACCACUAACGUUUUCUGCGCGUCGGGCAUGCACCUGCCCAACGGCUCCUUCGCCACCUUCGGCGGUAACGGAGCUAUCGGCCCCGGUGGUAACAUCGGUGACCAGACUGCUGCCAACAACCCCUUCCAGGGCAUUUACGACACCACUUUCGGCGACUACGACGGUACCAAGGGUAUCCGUAUCCUGAACCCUUGCACGAGCAAAGACGACUUCUCUUCCGCCGACUGCGAGUGGUUCGACAACUCCUCGCUUCUGUCCAUGCAGUCUCAGCGGUGGUACUCGGGUGCGGAGCCUCUUGGUGACGGUACGAUCGUGCUCAUGGGUGGCUUCACCAACGGUGGUUACAUCAACCGGAACUACCCCAACGUCGACCCUGCCACCGAGGGUGGUGCCGCCAACCCGACUUACGAGUUCUUCCCCGCCAACGGCAGGCAAGAGCAGACCUCACCGUUCAUCGUCAAGACUUCCGGUUUGAACGCCUACCCCCUGAUGUACCUCAUGCCGUCUGGAAAGAUGCUCGUCCAGGCCAACUACUCUACGAUGCUCUGGGAUCCCAUUCAGAACGAGGAGACCGAUCUCCCCGACAUGCCCGACCAGAUCGUGCGCGUGUACCCUGCUUCCGGUGCCAACGCAAUGCUGCCCCUGACGCCCGACAACAACUACACGCCCACGGUGAUGUUCUGCGGUGGUAUCUUCAUGGACGACUACUCUUGGGGCAACUACUCGUGGCCGUUCGCCGACACCUGGGCUAUCCCUUCAUCGAAGAAGUGCCACACGAUCACACCCGAGCCUACCGAUGGGUCUGCUGUCGAGUACGUCGAGGACGAUGACCUGCCCGUUGGCCGUACCAUGGGUCAGCUCAUUGCCCUCCCCGAUCUGACGUUGCUCGUCGUUAACGGUGGCGCCAACGGCACUGCUGGUUACGCCGACCGCACCCUUAACACUCUUGAGAUGCCGCUCGGUAUGUCGCUCGCCUCGGAGCCCGUUGGUCAGCCCGCGCUUUACAACCCCCGCGCGCCCAAGGGCUCGCGUUGGUCCACUGCCGGCUUUGACACCUCGUCGAUCGCCCGUCUUUACCACUCUUCGGCUAUCCUCCUCCCCGACGCAUCUGUCCUCAUUGCUGGCUCGAACCCCAACGUCGACGUCAACCUGACCGCGCCUUUCCCCACCACGUACAAGGCUGAGGUGUUCUACCCCCACUACUUCGCCGCCGCGAACCGCCCCACGUACACUGGCGCGCCUUCGACCCUCUCGUACGGCGGUGACUCGUUCGACCUCACUGUCCCCGCCUCUGCUUACUCUGGUGCCGCCAACGACGCCGCUGAGAACACCACCGUCGUCCUCAUCCGUGGUGGCUGGACGACCCACGCCAUGAACAUGGGCCAGCGUGCGAUGCAGCUCAACAACACGUACACCGUCAACUCGGACGGCUCGCUCACGCUGCACGUCGCUCAGCUCCCUCCUAACCCCAACCUGUUCCAGCCCGGCCCUGCCCUCCUGUUCGUCACGGUCUCCGGCAUUCCCAGCAACGGCUCGUACGUGAUCGUCGGCAGCGGCAACAUCGAGACGCAGCCGACCAAGGCGGCGUCCACCCUCCCCGCAAGCGUGCGUCUGGACGGCGCAAGCGGCUCGGGCAGCAGCGCCACGGGCUCGAACAGCACGAGCACGAACAACAACGGCGCGUCGUCGUCGCACACGGGAGCAAUCGUAGGGGGUAUCAUCGCGGCGAUCGCGGCCGUUGGCAUUCUCGGUGCGGGUUUUGGCAUUUGGAUGGCACGGCGCCGGCGCGCGGCCGCCCAGCAGGCGUCGUCGCUCUCCUACCCGAUGGGUGCGGCGCCUGGGGGUGCGGGCGGAGUGGCCUCGGGGGCGCGUGCGGGGGGUGGCGGUGGAUUGCGGAGUUCUGACUCGAGUGCUUUCAUGCCACUAUCACAGGCUAAUGGAAGCACGACGUGGGGCGCGAACGCGAGCACGCUCAGCCUCAACUCGCCGUACUACGACGAGCCGCGGACGGCGAGCGCGGAGUUCGACCCCUACCACCAGAACGCGCCAAGGAUGUCGUCGAACCAGACCCGAGGGCCGUAUUGA